CGAAAAUUGAAGUAUUGACGCGGUUCGGCCGAAGAAGCUCCGGCGAUGUUGGUCAAGAGGCUGCUUUUCCGACUAAAAUGCACGAACAAUUCGUUUCGAGAAUGGAAAGCAUUUGAUACUAUACAGGGGAAGGAGGAGGCUGUCUUUGUCCAGGGAGGGAGGUUUUUUGGGACCUCUAAUGAUGGAUAUCUGCUGACAAAGCCGAUUGCGAGAAAAUUAGGGGAGGAAGUAAUUAAUGCACUUCACUCGGGACAAAGAAGUAGAGCUUCUAAUCUACUGACUGAGCUUGGUAGUGGAGAUCGAGCAUCGGAAGUGCAUUCUUUCCUUCCUAUCCUUCAGUUUUGUGCGAGUGCACCUGAUCCAUUGUUUGCGAUGGAAACUUGGAAACUUAUGGUGGAGAAGGAUGUGAAAUUGAGUGGAAAAUGUUAUUUAUUUACAAUUAAGGCUCUCUGUAAAGGUGGUUAUUUAGAUGAGGCAUUCAGUAUACUGGGCGUUCAAAGGGCACAUGCGGAAAUAUGUCCAACUUUACAAGUGUAUAAUUGUUUGUUAAAAGCCUCCGUUCAAAUGAAUAGCUUAAAUCAUGCUAAUGAAGUCUUGUAUUUGAUGGAGCAAGAAGGAAUGCUCAAAGACAUUAUUACGUACUCUCAGCUUCUCAAGCUUGCAGUCUUGCAGCAGAACCUCUCAGCAGUUCAUGAAAUUUGGAAGGACUGUAUUAAGUACUAUUCUCUGAGCAUUAUAACUCUUCGGAAGUUCGUAUGGGCUUUCACAAGAUUGAAAGAUUUAGAGUCUGCUUAUAUGGCAUUGCAGAAAAUGGUUGCUGCAGCUUCCCAGCAUAAAUUUAGUACCACAGCAACUUAUGAGCAAAUGUUGUGUAUUUCAAGAUUGGAUGUUCCUAUCCCUUUCAGCGGCGAUUUGGCAUGGGAUCGAUACACUAGGAGUAGUGGUACUUCUGUAUCUUAUAGUCCCGUGUAUAACAAAGAAAAUGAUUCGACUAAGGGGGCUAGAUUUGGAAUGCAAGAGACGGGAGUUGCACAUGCUGCUAUAAGUUUGUCAGAGCAGCCUUUCUCUGGACCUGUCAUUAAAUUAUUAAUGUGCUCCUUCGAUGACAUCAUUUCCUCUUGUGCUCAUUCUCGGAAUAUUAUGUUUGCUGAGCAAUUAAUGUUACAGAUGCGAGUUCUUGGCUUGGAACCAUCUUCUCGUACUUAUAAUGGCUACAUAAGAGCAUUGGUUUCUGUGAAGACAUUUCAUGAUGGCAUGGAAGUGUUAAAUAUCAUGCGACAGAAAAAUAUGAAGCCUUCUGAUUCUACUCUUGCUGCACUAUCUGUUAGCUGCAGUAGGGGUUUGCAACUGGACUUGGCUGAAACAUUCCUGGAUCAAGUUUCAAAAUGUAAUCAUGUCAAUAUUUUCAAUGAGUUCCUGAAAGCAUGUGAUACAGUGGAUAAACCUGAACGAGCUAUUAGGGUAUGGGCCCGAAUGAAAGAUAAGAAUCUUAAGCCAGAUAUCAGAACAUAUGAGCUGUUGUUUUCAUUAUUUGGCAGCGUCAAUGCACCUUAUGACAAUCCAAAUCUUGUAUCCCAAGCUGAUGCUGCUAAAAGGAUAAAGGCUAUAGAAAUGGAUAUGACAAGGCAUGGCAUCCAGCACAAUCUUUUUUCACUGCAAAACCUGCUGAAAGCUCUUGGUAGGGAGAAAAUGAUCAAUGAGCUGAUCCAGUACAUACGCGUUGCAGAGGAGCAGUGUGUAUAUAGAAAUACAAAUCUUGGAGUACAGAUUUAUAACACUUUUUUGCACUCUCUUGUUGAGGCUAAGGAAAGUCACGUGGCAAUUGAGAUAUUCAAGAAAAUGAUUUCGUGUGGACUCUCACCAAAUCUUUCAACUUAUGGUAUCAUGAUUGACUGUUGUAGCAUUAUAAAUUGCUAUACAUCUGCUUGUGCCCUGAUCUCUAGGAUGAUCCGUGAUGGCUUACCUAUGAAUGUGGUAAUUUAUACAGGCCUGGUGAAGAUCCUGUCGAGGAGUGAAGCAUUCAAUGAGGCAUUUAGACUACUUGAUCUGGCGAUCACAGAAGCAAUUCAACCCGAUCUGUUGCUGUACAAUGCUAUUCUAAAAAUAGCUAGUCAAAAGGGAAAAAUUGGCGUGCUUGAGCUGAUUGUAGAGAAGAUGCACCGGCUGAAAAUCCGACCAGAUCCGUCGACCUGCCGCCAUGUCUUCUCUGCAUAUGCAGAUAAUGGCUUCCACAGCACUGCCAUGGAAGCGUUGCAAGUCAUGAGUUUGAGAAUGAUUUCUGAAGAAGAUGAUAUUCUCGAAGAGUACAGGUUGAAGUAUGAGAAUCUAAUAUUGGAUGAGGAAUCGGAUGCUGAAUCAGAAAUAGUUGCGGUUUUCAAAGACUCGCCCGAUCUUGUCGUUUCCCUGCUGAAUUUAAAAUGGUACGCCAUUCUUGUGUCGCCACCAUCUUGGUUACCAGACCAAAGUCCUUGGGCAAAGAGGCUUUCCAGUAAUUAUACAGCUAGGCUCAGUGGCUAACAGAAUGUUGAGCUUCUCUUUGGUGAAUAUAUGUGUGCCCGGCUCGUUCUGUUAAUCACUGAGAAGGGGAUUUGUAUCUUUCUGCAUUGGGUGAGAUGCUGGAUGAACAAUCAGGUACACAUAAUACAAGUUGCAUCUGUAGAAUUAGAGGAUAAAUAAGGCUCCUGGGAAUUGAGUGGAUGCACUAGGUACUCCCGAUAUGCUUGAUCUUCCCGACAGACAAGACCGUGCUGUUUUAGACCAUUCGACUCUUCAACUAACAAAACCUACAUGUCUGCAGUAAGCAAAAGUAGUUUCUGCAGCUCUGUAACUCAUUUUGUAUAUCAUAGAGGCCAAGAUGAGCAUUUGCUUCCUUCUGGCGAAAUGGUUGCCUCACUUUGUUUACUAUUUUGAUACAUUUAUUUUCUAAUACAAGUCUAUUUAUUCUUAA